GUGUGGCUCGGCGCUGCCCCGCAGUUUCAUGGUGUGACUGUCUGACGGUGGCGGAUUUUAUUUCCCGGAGUGAAGCGAAGUGAAACAGCGAAACUCCCAAACUGCAGAGCUGCUGGAAAACCAUCCAGAUCCGAGCAGACAGCCGUUUAAAGUUUUCAGGCCCGGCGCUCUGCCAUGGCCUGCAGCAUUCCCAAGCCAGGCCCUGGCAAUGGCUACCCAAUGAAGGCACAGCUGCAGAUCUCAGAAAUAUCCGCCAAGUUGAAGGAGAGCAAGAAAAACUGGUUCGGCCCUAAUCCUUAUGUGGAGUUGACUGUGGACGGCCAGUCCAAGAAGACGGAGAAAUGCAGCAACACUCACAGCCCCAAGUGGAAACAGAAUCUCAUUGUGAUUGUCACGCCCUUUAGUAAGCUGAUAUUCCGCGUUUGGAGUCACCAGACGCUGAAGUCCGACCUGCUGCUGGGCAUGGCCACUCUUGACAUCAGCGAAACGCUCAAGAAUAACGACAUGAAGCUGUGUGAUGUGCAGCAGACGCUGCCGCUGUGUACAGACAGAGACCAGACAGACGUGGUGGGGGACCUGAGUGUGCGUCUGGAUGGCAUGCAGGUCGACCCGGACAUGUUCGCCUCCGCUGAAGCCAAUAAUCAGAGCCUGUCAAACGGAGACUUACAAAAUAAUGAGGAAAUCAGUAUGAGGAGGAGUAGAGAAGGUUCCCCGACAGUGACGGAUGCUCAGGAGCGACUCUCUACCCCUAACGGACGAGCUGUGAAUGGAACAGGGUCUCCCUCAGCGCCAGUGAGGGGGUCACGACCCCUGAGACCUCCCAGACCCUCUAGACCCCCACCGCCUACUCCACGCAGACCAGUCUCAAUGCCAGCAUGCACUAACGGUUCAGUGCCUGAUGGCUGUGACUCGGCGCAUGCAGACACACCAGUGCGAAACACUAAUGCCCCUACAGCAGCGGCUGUCGACUCUACCCCAGCGGUCAACCACGAACAGCCCACGCAGCCAGCACUCACAGUCACGCCCGCACCCAGCAGGAUGCCCAUCGCCACAGGCCCGCUGCCGCCAGGGUGGGAGCAGCGAGUGGACCAGAGUGGCCGUUUGUAUUUUGUGGAUCAUGUGGAGAAGCGGACAACAUGGGAGAGACCAGAGCCUUUGCCUCCAGGGUGGGAGCGGAGAGUGGACCCUUCGAGUCGUGUUUAUUUCGUGGAUCACAUCACCAGAACCACCACGUGGCAGCGGCCCACCAUGGAGACAGUGCGUAACUACGAGCAGUGGCAGCACCAGCGCAGUCAGCUGGAGGGGGCCAUGCACCAGUUCAACCGCCGCUUCCUCUUAGGGGAUCAGGCCGCUGCAGCUGCUGUUCAGAAUAAGGAGUUUGACCCACUGGGCCCACUGCCGCUUGGAUGGGAGAAGAGAACAGACGCCAAUGGCAGAGUAUAUUUUGUGCACCACCCUACUCGCUCCACACAGUGGGAGGACCCUCGCACUCAAGGUCUGCUGAACGAGAAGCCGUUGCCGGAGGGCUGGGAGAUGAGGUUCACUGUGGACGGAAUCCCGUACUUUGUGGAUCACAACAGAAGAACCACCACCUACAUUGACCCGCGAACAGGCAAAUCCUCACUAGAAAACGGCCCUCAGAUUACAUAUGUGCGAGACUUCAAAGCCAAAGUACAUUACUUCAGAUUCUGGUGUCAGCAAUUAGCCUUGCCACAGCACAUCAAGAUCACAGUGAGCCGUAAAACACUGUUCGAAGACUCCUUCCAGCAGAUAAUGAGCUUUAGUGGCCAAGACCUUCGCCGCAGGCUGUGGAUCAUCUUCCCUGGGGAGGAGGGACUAGACUACGGCGGCGUAGCAAGGGAGUGGUUCUUUCUGCUGUCCCAUGAGGUGCUAAAUCCCAUGUACUGCCUGUUUGAGUAUGCGGGAAAGGAUAACUACUGCCUGCAGAUCAAUCCAGCCUCGUACAUCAACCCAGACCAUCUCAAAUACUUCAAAUUCAUCGGCCGCUUCAUUGCUAUGGCCUUGUUCCAUGGGAAGUUCAUUGACACUGGCUUCUCACUGCCUUUCUAUAAGCGCAUCCUCAACAAACCUUUGGCCCUUAAAGACCUGGAGUCCAUCGACCCAGAGUUCUACAACUCUCUCAUCUGGAUCAAGGAGAACAACAUUGAGGAGUGUGGUCUGGAGAUGUUUUUCUCUGUGGAUAAGGACAUCCUGGGGGAGAUCACCACUCAUGACCUGAAACCAGAUGGAGGCAACAUUCAGGUGACAGAGGAGAACAAGGAGGAAUAUAUCAGGCUGGUUGCUGAGUGGCGGCUGUUGCGCGGGGUGGAGGAGCAAACGCAGGCCUUCUUUGAGGGCUUCAACGAGGUCCUGCCUCAGCAGUACCUGCAGUACUUUGAUGCCAAAGAGCUUGAGGUGUUGCUGUGUGGGAUGCAGGAGAUUGAUCUGGCUGACUGGCAGAGAAACACAAUCUACAGACACUACGCCCGGACCAGCAAGCAAAUUAUCUGGUUCUGGCAGUUGGUCAAGGAGAUGGACAACGAGAAGCGCAUGCGCCUGCUGCAGUUCGUCACCGGGACGUGCCGUCUGCCUGUGGGGGGCUUUGCUGACCUCAUGGGGAGCAAUGGGCCACAGAAGUUCUGCAUUGAGAAAACCGGGAAGGAGAACUGGCUGCCCAGGAGCCACACCUGUUUUAACCGGCUGGAUCUGCCACCCUAUAAAAGCUACGAGCAGCUGAAGGAGAAGCUGCUGUUUGCUAUCGAGGAGACGGAGGGCUUUGGGCAGGAGUGACGCGCUGACCCGCGUGAGAUGGACAGGCAGCGAGAAAUGCCUUACGGAAGAUUAUGUAUACAUACACACUGGAUAUGACGCCACGAUGCAGCACUAUGUGUGUGUGUUUGUUUGUUUGUGUGUGUUUCUUUGUGUGUGUGUGUGUGUGUGUGUGCGCGUGUGUGUGUAAGGACCCCCCAUGCCUUGGUUGUCUGGCACACAGCAGGUGAUCAGAAAGAACUAUGGAUUUUGCACUCUUAUCAGAUCCUGUUUCAAAUCCGUACCUUUUAGGUAAACCUGUAAGGAUGUGCUUUUUCUAGACCACUAUUCUACAUCCAACCCCCUUUGAAGUGCACUUUCCCUCAGUUCUCUCAAAAAAUCUUUAAAAAAAAAAAUUUGCACAUAACCAACACCCCUUGUAAGCUAGAAAUGAUGCCAAAAAUGUACCUUUAAUGUAUUCAAAUGUGUUCAGAAUCCUACUUUGAGGGGAAAUGUCACAGACAUUAAAAAAAAAACAAUAUCCUAGAUUUACUUUAAAGAAGCGUGUACAUCAUUUCCGUAUAAAUUAAAGGAGUAGUUUGUUGAAAAAUCUAAUUGACACGACGCUUAGACCAAAUGCAGUCCAUCAGCCAAGACGUGCCAGGCCAGGGGUGCUAAUAAACACUGGAAGUAAAUCGUCACCAAAACUUUUCACAAAUACAUGCCAAAGUCUUCGUAUAUUUGCUUUGAAUUACAUCAGUAAGCUAUGCAAGAAAACUCAAUGAAAUGGCAUGGACAGACCUGUCUGUGGUCGUCUUGCAGGGAAAGAUACCAAACUUUUCCUCGGGAAAGGAGUGAUUCCAGUUUUCCCAAACUGCUGGUCCUUCUGUUAGCAGCAAUCGACUCAUCUGCACCACCUUAAUUAGGAAUGCAGUUUGAGCAGGUUCAGAGACGUUUUGGACAUGUAUUAAUGGAAAAGGUUUGACGGACUAUUGACUUCCAGUGUUUGUUAGCCGUGUUAGCCUCGUAGCUCCAAUGCUAAACUAAAGAAGCACAAUUUUGACACCAAACGUGUUGACUGCCUGCAUUUGGUGUAAAUGGAAAAUCAUAUAAAUUUGAUUUGUCACCCAAAGCAAGUCAGUUCAAAGCACUGUCUCAGUGGCUUACUCUUGCUGACAUCUUUUUCUCUUCGCUUUUUCUUGUAAUUCACUUGUGAUAAAUGCUUAUUACAAGGUUAUUACACCUGUGACACAGGUUCAAACCAAUCUAGAUCAAAGUCCAUUUGGAAAGAGUGAGUGCUGAAUUUUUGUCUCAACUGAGCGAGUGUACCAUGCUCGAAAGGCAUGCUGAUUCGUGCUGAGUCAGACUGCCUAGUAGCUGAAGGAAGACGAGCAGAGGAUGCCAUAGGUGAGCUCGUCCUUGUAGCACGUGGACGUUGGAGAGCACAGAACCGCCUUCAUCCAGGCUGUUUGAUUCCUGGACAGGUGCUUGUCCAACCCGCUGAACUUCAGCUUUGUUUAAAAGAACUGAACGUUGAAACUUUAAACGACGAUCUUGAAAGAACAUCUUUCCUCUGUUUUUAUUCUAGUGUUGUAGCUCAGAUUUAACACUGUGUCCAUCAUCUAAAGCAAAGUGAGCUGGCGUUAUUAACACGGUGCCCCAUUUAAACGAGGCCUUUCUUUCUUCUGAUCUUAUAGUGACCGUUGGAGUCUAAAGGUGUUUUACACCCUUUUUCAGCCUCGUUUCUGUCUGCUGUAUCUGUAGCAUAUUGUCUGUAAGCUUUGAUAAACAUGCAUAGAAACGAACAGGAAACUCAUUGACUCAAAACCAGCUUCUGAUAGAGGCCUUUGGGCAGAUGCUGAAGCAAACGCCACUGCCCACUGGCUUUUAUUGCUAUUAAUGCUUUGAGUCGACAGGUUUUCUGUUCUUUUACUGAGCACAGAGAAAUGAUCGCCAGUGUUAAUCGACCAUACGCUACAGGUGCAGCAGAUAGGCUAGAUUAGACUGAAAAACACUUGGGCCCAAUCCUAUUUCUUCCUAUACCCCUACCCCUUGUUUUCAAGUGUCACUCUAAACCCUUGGAACUCAGUUGAAGGGGGUCGUGGUUGAAAUCUUCCCCUGCGAAAUGGGACCAUCACAAAAAACAACAGUGUUUCAUUAACAGCUACUAGCGCUGCUCUGUGGGCGACCCUGCCCGUCUGCAGUGAUCGCAGAGGAGGGAAAAGUUCAGCUCUGCACUGCCGGGCUUUAGUUACGUUUAGGGCAUCAUGUGCCUUCAGAGAGGGGACUAUAAGACAAUUAUGUAUUAUCGCCCACCACUAAUCCUUUGGUGAUACGAAGCUGAAGUUAUAUGGGUUUUUUCCCAUUCUCUUUAUAUAGGAUUUUUCCCAUUCCACCUUAAAUGGUGCAGCAGUUACAUUCUGGCACUUCAGAACUGGUGGAUUAUUUAAGGUGGAAUGGGAAAGUUAGCUAACUAGCUACCAGAACAUUAGCAUGCUUUUAGCCAUUUUUUUAUGCUUGUUAGGAAUAAAAUGACAAUAAUACAUUGAAACAACAUUAAACUAAGAUAAGAUAGUGGUUAUCAUGAUUCAAAUUGGUUUUCAUAAUAUCAAAACAGAAAACUCACAUUUGUGGGUUUCUUUGGUCUCUUGUUCAGCCAUCUUGCCGUUUUUUUUUCUUCUCUCAUAACACUGUUUGGAGUUGUUGCCUCUGAAAAACCUCCGUCUGGAGGGCCGUGUAAAACCAACACUACCCCUACCCCUCAGUCUAAAAUCAGGACGCCCUAACCGUAGACGUGAACACGCAAAACGGAGGGCUAAGGGCAAAGCGGUAGGGGCGAAGGGUGAAAUGGGAUCGGCCCUUAGAGUACUCCUUGGAAGUGCUUAAGUUUUUAAUGGUAGUGUCAAACAGCCGGAACGUCCCCAGUAAAACCUGGAUCAGCAUUAUAAUAACACACAUGUAGCCGACGCCGUGUGCAGUUUGCCUUCUCCAGUGUGAUCAGCACAACCUUAAGACCCACGGCCCAGUAUUUAUUGCGGAGAUGAGCGAGUGAGAACUGUCUGUUCCUAACGCCCUAGUUUUAUAGGGUUUUUUUUAAAGAUUGUUUUGUGUAUUCUGGAGCAAGACCUUUGUGUCCAGGGUAUUAACUUUCCAUGCCUCUCAACUUUAAUUGAGGUGAUAGUAGUCGAAACCACUGGGGGUGCUGUGGAGUCCUAAAAGAGUGUCGUAUUCACAGAGCUCGUAGCGUGGACAUGCUGUUUCUAAGUCUGUCUGUCUUUGUAAGCACAUGCUAAAGGAAUACUCCAGUUUUUUUAAAUCUGUGGCAUCAGGUGAUUUAACUGUGGACAGCCUUUUGGACACUACUGAAUAUGUGUUGACUUGAAACUGGCGUAUAACAGAGGCCAAAGGGCACUUGAUGAACUUUGUGGUUAAACAUUUGAAAUCUGUGAUUAUGUAAUACAAAAGUACAACUGCUGCACUCUGACAAUACAGGUCUGAAGGCUCGGUCACAUUGGGACUGCUGCCUCACUAUUUUCAUCACUAAGGCAGUGCAAGAGUCACACCAGCUUGCGCAGUGAUGUGGUUUUUUGAAGGAACAUAGUUUAGUGAACUACUGCUUAAUUGUGUGUUUUUGUUUUUUUUUAGUAUUUUUUCUGCAGAUGUGAAUGACAACUUGGCAUUAUGCUGACUGAUGAGCAAGUCUCCCCCCAACACCCCCCCACAGCCCUCUUGUUUUGCUUUUGACCACCGUCGUUAAAAAAAAAAAAAAAGUUUCUCUACACUGAACCGUUUCACAUCAAACCACUUUACAUCUCAGCAAUUAAAUUCUGAGGAAACCUGGCAAGCAGGCAGACUUCUGCUGUCCAUGGUGAGGAGCCUAUGAUGGUAACAAAUUAGCUUUGAACUGUUUCUGCUGGAAAACUUUCGCCAUCUCUGAACUCACAGCUGGCUUGACGAAGCCGAAUUACUGUUCCUUUUAUUAUUGCACCCCUUUCUGGUAGUGUUUUCACAGCUCUUCAUACAGAACCACGAAACUUUGCAGGAUUGUAGAGCCAAUGUGGGAGAAGGUCGCUUUCGGGACCGGCCACGGUUUUCAUACAGCGCUCGGUCAACCUUAGGGACAUAGGUACCCUUGGGAAAUGACUGGUGGAAUCCUGAGGAAAUUCAAAUCUAACUGCCAGGAAUGAUGUCACAAAGGACAUCUUUCACACUGACCCUCAUAGAUAUUACAUACAGACUCCCAUACUAGCACACAUAUUAGCAACCACCUGGAAUAACAUAGAGACAGUUUAGCAACACCUUAGCAACCGCCUGGGAUAGCACAGCAGCGGUUUAGCAAAACCUUAGCAACCGCCUGGGAUAGCACAGCAGUGGCCUAGCAACACUUAGCAACCACCCAGCAUCGCAUAGCAACGCCUUUCUGACCAUCUGGGAGUUUAUUAGCAGCGGCUUUGUCAAGCCAACUUAUAGUUCAUUCACAAGCUUUCCUCUCCUAGUUUACAGACACCUUUCACUGAAGAACCCAUGAAAGUUCUACCAGUACGUUUGUGUGACAGAUAUUUACUGACAGAAUUCAGCAGCUGCCCAUCACUUCUGUUACAAGUAGGUUUCGAGUCAACAAGUCUUCUUGAAACGCUGUGAAAGUAUUGUCAGUUCUAUUCGACUGUGCACUGCAGAUGUUCCAGAUAGAGAUCACAUCAAAGAACACUGGAGUAUUCCUUCAAUACACCGAGGGAACCUGACCCAGCACUCAGAAACGAUGACCAGCCCUCUGCUGCACAUCCUUGUUCCCUCACCCCACAACCUGUGAUGAUAUUUUUAAGUAGAACUUUGGAUUUCAUGAGCCGACACACGUUCUCAGUGUAUGGAACAGAUUAGGAGAUAUUUUUUGUAGCCUGGUUUUUACAAGGUGUGUUUUUUCCAUUUGGGUAAUUCUGGUUCUUCUAAGUCUCAAGCUUCACCUUGAAUUCUCAUAAACUGAACGCUAACAGCACUUGACCUCUGUUCUGGAAAAUAACUGAGUUUGCCUUCAUAUAUCCUUGGAGCUGAAUUCUCUGGGAAGAUCCGGUGUUUGUUAAAUCAAUUUGGUAAUGUUGUUAAUUUUUUUUCUUUGCUCUUCAUAUUAGAUUGACCCUUUGGGGGAAAAACCGAACUGCUUCCCUCUGUAUAUGAACUGAAUGUUGUACAUUGUGUGAAUACCUGAUUGAUCUCUUCUCUGUGAAAAGAUGAUGAGGAUUUUAGUACUGAGGCCAGGCGGCUUGUUUUGAGGCCGUUUCAGAGAUUCUGCGCCACUGCUGGUUGAUUUACUGAUUUAUAUGUACAGCAAAUUGUGCAAGAAAAUAAUUAAAAAAGGUUGAAUAAAUAAUGACAAGGGUAAAA